AUGUGCUCUGGUGUUCUUUCUGUAUGUUAUUUCCCUUGUGAGAAGGUCAGAAAACUCAUCUUCAGCAGCGGCCUCCUCAAGAUCUUAGCCCUAAGUUGGCACGGCCUCGUCUUUCUCUUCCCCGUCCUCGACGCUCACCUGGAGCCCUUGUUUCUUUCGUACGACACAUCCAUAUUCCCGCAUUGGUCGACUCACGGCGUGAUCCCUGUACCCUGUCACUCCCACAAUGACUACUGGCGUCGCGUACCGCUACAAUCCGCUCUCGCCGCUGGUUGUAUCAGUGUCGAGACUGAUGUCUGGCUGUCCGACGAUGAACUAUUGGUCGGCCAUACCCAGUACACGCUCUCGUCAGAGCAGACUUUGCGCAAACUGUAUCUCGAGCCACUAAGGCGGAUGCUCUACAAACACAAUGCGAUGGCCGAAAAUGUUACCCGGAGUACGAGUACCGAUGACAUCGCGGGUGUGUUUACAACGGAUCCUGCCCAGACCCUCUUGCUUCUGGUCGAUGUCAAAGACAAUGGCGAGAAGACCUGGUCUCAUCUGGUAAAGCAGCUAGAACCGUUGCGACAAGACGGGUUUCUUAGCUAUGUAAAUGGCUCAGACCUGAUUCAGCGGCCUAUCACUGUUGUCGUAACGGGCAACGCAUCAUUCAACCAUGUUUUAGAGAACACUCCGAGAGAUGUCUUCUAUGAUGCUCCCCUCGAUGAGUUGAGCACUGCACUGGAUUCUCCACCAGCUCAAUCGAGUGCAGCUUCUCGCUCCAAAAUCGCCCCCGGGGUUCCUUACACCCCUCUCAACAGUUACUACGCCUCAGCGGACUUCCGCGAAACAAUAGGCUCCGUCGCGCUCAAUCGUUUCUCACAAGGCCAGCUCGUGCGACUCCGCAGGCAGGUGAAGGCGGCGCACGACCUUGGACUGAAGGUACGGUACUGGGGCACGCCUAACUGGCCUCGUGGCCUGCGGAAUCACGUUUGGCAAGUCCUUGUGCAGGAGGGCGUCGAUGUGAUUAGUACGGAUGAUCUCAAGGAUGCUACCAGUCAGGAUUGGAGGAAGCAUCGUGGAUGGUGGGGUUGA